AUGAGUAUGGCUCAAUGCGUUAAGGCUCUUCUUGCUUACGACCGCCGUAAAGAGAAUGAGUACAAGUAUCGGGUUACGAGGAUUGGUCAUUUCGUGAAUUCACACUAUGACGAAGAGAUGAGUACUGUUUUGCGCUUCACGAGUCACUACGUGGCUGGUCAGAUCGAGGCUCAGUACGCAAAAGGUGUUGAGAUGGCUUCCAAAUACAGAUUCGACCCCAACAAGGACGACGCAGCGGUGGUUUACGUACGCGGAAUGUUUUCAGAGCACAAGUUAAGGGUUGACAAUUGUAGAUGCGACUGCGAGUUGUCCUUGUCCAUGAGUCUUCCUUGCCGUCAUUCGAUCGCGUAUCGAAAACACAACCGAGUCUCUGGGCCACUGAUACCCUGGAAUCGCAUCGACGAAAGAUGGACAUCUCCCUCUCAAGAACUGAAGAAGGUAAAGCAGUUCACGUACGAGAAAUUUGUGGAUGGGGAGUUUGGAUCUAUUCAAAAGAAGUUGAGAACGCAGUCCGAGCGGUACCGGGAAGCUGUAAGAGCCACACAUCUCAUUGCAAACGAGAUGGCUGACAUAGAAGACGAAGCAGAAUUCGAAGAGAUGCUGAAGUUUGUCUUGGCUCAAUGGCGCAAUGUGCGCCUGAAGAAAAUGGCUACAAUUUCCGGAGAUGCGUCUGCAGAUUUGUCUGCAGAAUCACCGAAACAUGGCGAGGAGCGUUACACACGUGAUCGUGAACAGGAGGCAUUAGUAAAGAAUGAGUUCAACAUAAGCAGCAGCGAUGAGGAUGAAGAAGAUAGAUCGCAAACCUCUGUUGGAGACGAUGGCACGGAUGAAGACGCGUCUAAAACGGGUAAGCGCGUGGAACUACGGCUUAAUCCCAAAGCGCGGAAGGUUGGACGACCGCAGAAGCAGAAGAAGAAGACUGCUGCAGGGGAGAAGAAGGACCGCAGGUGGUACGAAACAAGGGAGGCCGCUCGAGCACAGGCUGGAGAAGUUUCACUACUUGCGCUUGUUGAUUCUCUCGAUAGAGAGCAGCCUGGGCUCAAGGAGACGCAAGGACGCCUGUCAGGUGUCAUUGUGAAACAUGGUGAAGCUGAAAAAAAGAAGCCAAAGCUGAAAAUUAUGAAGAACCCAGUGUUAACUAUGGAUCCCAUCUAUCUGCUUCCUACCAAGCUUCUGGACGCCUGCGUGAAGUUGCUGCCCACGGAGGACACUGUUAUCGCGGUGGACGACUCACAACCAAGCCAAACCUCACGCACAGACAUUGCAGAAGGCUAUGUAGAGACCCUGGUGAUCAAGGACGUCGGCAGCUACAGCAGAAAACAGAUUGAGACGUUCAAGAGAGUGCAGAUAUUGAAGGAUUUCGUCGAGCUCGGCCUGAAAACGAACGAGUGGCUUCUAGAUGUGGCUCUUCCUACACUCCCAUCCCCAUACGAUGUGAAGGCUCGACAAGUGGCGGAUGAUGUAAUGGAGGCUUACCCUUACAAGCACAUCCAGGGACUCCCGGAUGGCCCGGACUUCGCAUACACUGCAGCAUUUACGAAGAGCAAGCGAACGCGGAAUCCAAACGAGCGAUGCCUUGACGAGGCGGUACGCGAUCGGGUCCUGCAGCAAGUGAAGGAAGAUGGAUUCAAGACGAUAAUGCUGCCCUUGAACUUUCCAAACUUUCACUGGUGCUGUCUCGUUGUGAAAGUGGAGACCAAGCGCAUUUUCUUCUACGAUCCUGUCAACCAAGCGCCGUUCAAGAAUGCAGCAAAGGAAGUGGCUACAAGCUUGAAGCUCAGCGGCCUGAGCGACUACAACGUUAUCCCGAUGAACAAUCCGCUCCAGUUCGACGGACACAGCUGUGGCGUGUUUGUCUGUUGGAUGUUCAUAGGGCAGGUAAUUCCAGGGCGUCACCUGAAAGUGAACAUCGAGACGCUCACAAAACGUCGGUUCGAGCUGUUCUAUUAUUUGCUCACAGGGCAACUUCUUCCUCUCCAAACACCGCAAGAUGACGAAGACGAGGAGAAGAUGCCAGCCCCCAGCGCUGAACACGAGCGCAGCGACGACGAGGACAUUCCUCCAACUCAAGGUCAGCAGUAG